AUGAUCCUCCUGCCCCAGAAGAGGACCUUGGCUACCCACUCCCUCAGGUACUUCUACACAUCCAUCUCAGGGGUACCAGAUUUCACAGUGGUUAGUGCGCUGGACGGCCACCAUUUUGAGUACUUUGACAGCGUAAGUCAGACCCUGGUGCCUCGCUCUGCCUGGAUGGAGCGGAACGCGAGCGAGUACCACUGGGAGCUCUUCAACGAGCCUCUCACCAACCAAUACCACGGCUUCAAAGCGCUCCUCGCCAACCUUCAGCAGCAGUUCAACCAAUCACAGCCGGACGCCGUUCACACCUUCCAGAACCUGUAUGGCUGCGACUGGGACUCGGCCAGCGGGCAUGAGGACGCGUACCAUCACCACGGUUACGAUGGGAAAGACUUCAUAUGGUUCAACAUGAAGACUGGACCGAUCCCCAAGUGGGAGGCGGUCAUGCCCGAAGCAGAGCCUCUGGCCAGGAAGUGGAACAGCCUGACAAGAGAACUGAAAUACUUGCGGUGGUACUUCAGUAAGGAGUGUCCAGAAAUGCUGAGGAAGUAUGUGAGCUACGCAAGGGAGACCCUGGAGAGGAUAGCACCUCUCUCCAUCUCGCUGUUCCAGUCUGCCCCCUACUUCCCAGUGAGCUGCCUGGCCACAGGCUUCUACCCCAGAGAAGCGCUGAUCUACUGGACCAAGGCCGGAGGGGAGCGCCAUGAGGACGUGGAGUACCGAGACACGCUGCCCAACCCGGACGGAACCUUCCAGCUGAGAUCUCUUCUCUCUGUCAGACCUGAGGAGUGGGAGAAGAGCAACCUCUCCUGUGUGGUCCAGCACCCAUCUAAGGUGAUCACCAACUGGACCAGACAUCCUACUCUAGCCCCAGGCCUCAGCCCUGGCCUGGUGGGGGUGGUGGGGGUGGUGCUCACUGUCCUCUCCAUUGUGAUAAAGAGUAAAUCCUGUGCUUAUCUGUUCAUUGCCUCGGGCAUGAGGGCAGAUCCUGACUACAUACAACCGUGA